GAGCGGACUACUGCCACACGUGACGCAGGACUUGCGAAAGAAAACGGAAUAAGAAUGGACCAACAGCAACGAGAAAAAAAAAAUUUCCGAAAAAAAAACAGGCAUCGCCAAAAAUGUUAGACGAGUUAAAUCCAAAAGAAAACGGAGAUUGUUUAGCAUUAGGUGCGACUGAUCACUGGCGACAAAUAAGAGUCAAAAAAAUUAAGUUCUGCCAGAAAAAAGCUUCUGCAGAAUCUAUUGUAUUGCAUGAUCAAUUCUGUCGACGGUCAGUCAUCAGAGGAGACAUUCACAGACCAAUUCAGCACCAUUAACGAUUUCACCAACAAGCAAAUGAAAGAUCCAAAUCAGCACGUUGACGAGAAGGGCAGUGAUUGUGAGGAUACUUCUGAUCAAGUUGAACAGCCUGAUCAGCAAGCUAAAAAUUCAUCUCAAAUCAACGGUGCGAAACAGGAUAUUAUAACUUUACCCAGCGAUGAUGUAGUACCAUCGGCAGAAGGGAACUUGCAAAUAUCGUCGGCUCAGUCAGACGAUUCGCUUCAAGCGGAUUGGAGAAAGAAAUGGGGCUUGUGUUGUAUUAAAAUUGUGUUAGGUAUAGCUGGUCUACUAUUCGUUUUUGCCCUCUUUGCUCUCUAUGUCGUCAUCCCAUGCCUGUUCUACUGGUCAACUAAGUUCCGCCGAAAAAUGGUAUUCAGAACGUUCAGUGGGGCGUCUACCGGAUCAUUUUCCGACCCGGAAUCUCUCGGCAUAAAUUGCUCACAAAAUUUCUAUGUUUCCUCGGACCAGGGCAUCCGACUCGGAACGUGGUACGUUCAAUCCCACGCAUUACCAUGCAGUCUGAAUAGAACCGUGUUUCUUGGCACUCCGAUGACGGCCCUCUAUAUUCAUGGGGUUUCGGGGGACCGGAAAAGCGCAGCCCGUGUGAACACGCUGAAAGUCCUCUCAGCUAGCGCGAAGUUGCAUGUCGUAACGUUUGAUUUCAGAGGAUUUGGGGACUCAACAGAUGUAACGCCUUCACUUGAAGGUGUUGUUAGGGAUACUCUAGCAGUUUACAAAAGCAUUCGAGCCAUUAUACCUUCGCAGAAGAUAAUUGUUUGGGGCCAUUCGCUUGGUUCGUCAAUUGCGUUAUACUUGCUAGCUCAACUGAAGAAGAUGAAUGACAGUCCGUUUGCAGUCGUUUUAGAAUCUGCCUUUGACAACCUUGGUACUGUAUCUAAGGUCACUCCAUAUUCUAAGCUGUGGCAGUGGAUGCCUUGUUUCAAUGCUUUGGUGCCCGACAGUAUAAUGUCCGAUCCUGCGACAAUGUUCGACAGUGUAAAACAGGCGAACAAACUUCAACCCUCAUUACCCAUACUGAUGUUACACUCUGAGGAUGAUAAUGUCGUACCAAUCGGCCACGGCAAACUUCUGCAUAGCGCUUUAGUUUCGGCCCGAAAAGAUGAUCCAGCCAGUGGACCAGUGAUCUUCAUCUCGUUUAAGGCAUCGCAUAACUAUGGGCAUAACAAUAUCGCAACCUAUCCUGGUCUGAAGGGCAUUAUCGAGCGAUUCCUUAAUUUUUCAAAGUCUAUGCCAAUAAUGAGUCCUCCUUUAAGGUAGAAUUGGAAUAUGGAAGCUCAAAUCGGGUCAACAGCUGUAGCAACGCCCAGGCGCCCAUUUCUAUAGGCUGUUAGAGAUCCUCACUUUACUGUAACUAGUACGUAUGUCAUUUGUGAUUACAUUACUAUUCGAUAACAUUUAAAAAUAAGAGCAUAAUAGUGCUAUCAAACGAACCUGCUACAUUAUGAAGCCAUUUUGUUUCUAAGCACAUAAUGAUACCGAGUAGGUUUUGGUCGACAAAUUGCAUGGUUAUUGCUUUAUGAAUAUUAAUGGUGGAAUUUGCCUUUGAACAAUGAUAUAUUUGUAACUGUUCUCACUAUUG